AUGGAAAACACAUUCUCAAUGGAAUAUUCAAAAAUGAUAACAGGACAACAGUAUAAUGAACCGGAAGAGUAUUGUUCCUAUGAAGCAUUCAAUACAUAUGACUGUCACAUUCCGAGAGAUUAUUGUGAAAGCGGCCAUGUUGUUCCUGAUAAACCAAUGGACUGCAAUUACACGGAAUUGUCUUAUGAUCAACAGAAUAUUUUUUAUAAUACAAAUAAUACUUAUUAUAACUCUGACAAUUCGUCCGAUUAUUCUUGGGAAUAUUUAUCUGAAGAAGAUGUCGGUGAAAAUCGGAAGCGGAAAACUAUUCAAAAGACCGGAAGUGAGUCUAAAGUACAACCAGUGAAGGUGCGAGAGUGUGCCACGGAACGAGAACGCAAUCGUAUGCAUCAGUUGAACGAUGCAUUUGACAGUCUUCGUCAAGUCGUACCAAAAACGAAUUUAACCGACCAACAGAAAUUAUCGAAGAUUGGAACUUUGAAGUUGGCAAUCCAGUAUAUUUCAGCGUUAACGAAUGUGUUACGGACCAGCGGCGUGGAAAUAUCGCCGAUUCCAACUACCACUGAUGGAGAUAGGCGUGGAAGAAGGCGAAAUUGCAGGAAACGAUCAUAA